AGUAUUGCGUGCCUCUUUUCCCCACACAAACUGGAGAAGCGUCGACGAGCCGGCGUUUCAUUGGGGCUCCUUCUUCGGCGGCUCUGGCGGAGGGUUGCUCCACGCUGUCAAUUUAGUGUUUGCGUUCUGGCAUUUGUGCCUUCUCAGCAUUGGCGUAGUGAGGGCGGCCUUUUUCCUUUGUACACACGUUACGUAACAGCUGCCCUGUCUGUUUUGAUUCCUGUUUCACACACACACACACACACACAUAGGCGCACAAAACAAAAGGUUGUCCGCUUUUGCUACCUUUGCCCACUUUUUUCUCUCCUUUAGGGAGGUGACAUGGAUAAUUGUGUUUGCGUCGAAGAGCGAGUGAUCUUUUUCCCAAUCACACUAAUUUUUCUAUGUUUGUUUCAUGAAUAAUCUCCGCCGCUGCACACACGAGAAGUAAUCUGGUUUAAUAUAUAUAUUCUCCUUUCUGCUUUUCAUGCGUCACUUGAGUCUGCGCAGACUCCCUCCUUUUUCUCAUGACCCGUCUUUGACUUCUUCCUUCCACGAUGUGCGACGACUGAGCGCGACAGCGGCAGUCGUUGGAGGUAGCCGGGCGACAUCGAGCUCGCCCUCGUCUUCCGUUGCGCUUCCAAAGAAUCCGCUGUUUUCUCCGCGCCUCUCGCGCCGCCAGAUGCGCCAGCGCGAACAGAAGUGGGGUGCACUGUGGCGCUACCAACCCGACAGCUAUCCGCUCGCAAACCGUCGACCGACGCCGUUGUUGAUGGCUUCAUCCGCAGCGGGGAAAGUCACUUGCGCUGACGUUGCUGCGGAAAGGUUCCGCACGUUUCGUCAGCAAGCGGAGUUUGUCGGCCUGGUAGGGCCGUCGCGGGCUUCUGCCGCUGACCCAAUAGUGGAGAAUCGGGUUGAUGUUGGCGCGUCUGAGGACGCUUGCACGGAAUUCCAGUCGUUCACAACAGCCGACUCGGUGAGAGGCACGAGCAGCAACGCUACUUCUAGCAGUACGACAAACGUAAAACCUUCCUCUAGUCAGGACAAAGACCCGCUGCUGGCUUUUCUCGAAACGCACGAAGACGACGCCGCCGAUCUCCUGGCUAUGUGGACCUCGCUGCAUCGCAGCUGCGUCUACGCCUCCGAGUUGUCGGAGUCCGUCGUACUGCAGGUGCGCUACUUCUUUCACUCUCUCCUGCACAACCGCGCCGUCGCCGCAGCGGUGGAGUUCUACUAUCGACUGAUGGGCCUCGGUGUGCAGUUGCAACAGAGUGAUCUGCUACUGCUCAUUUCCAGCCUGCCGUACGAACAUGCGGCGACAACAGAGGCGGAGCAGCUGCAGAGGGCGAAGGAGGGCGCCGCGUUGGAGAAAGACCGGUUGCUGUGGGCGAAGCGACGGCAGGAGUUUAAAGAAGCUGCGCAGCGCACCACACCGCCGAAAACUGUGAGGGAGAAAACGAAGGAGGCCUUGUCCGCGAAGUCCGGUGGCUCAACGUCUGCCGGUAAGGUGGAACUCGGCACGAAUGCGAAAGCAAUCACCGUAGAGGGAAAAGUUGCUUCUAGCUCACACGGUGUUGAGGCGCAGGAGGCAAACCUGCCGAACGCGAUUGCACAUCGCGUUGCUUUUCAUCAACAACCAGAGUGGAUUAAGCGGUGGAUCCUGUAUGAGGCUUCUAUGGGUACAUUGGACGGUCUGGACGCGCAGGAGGGACUACCGAUUCCCUCAACUGCAGCCGGGAACGAAAGAGCCAGCCGCAUUUCAGCAGACGCCUUGGAAAUGGAUGACGGUGCCUGGCCUGUGGACACAUCGUCCAACCGCGAAGCCGCCGUGCAGUCCGCAAGGGCGAAGCACGUGAUGGAAGUUGCCGCGAUUGUCGACCACCUGCGCCUGCUCACCUUGGGAGCCAUGCAGCGCGAUUCCACGACGUCACCAGUACGACCGCGACUUUCUCUGACAAUGAAACGACGCGCAGCGCUCUCUUUGCCCGACAGCACUUCAAGCGCGGUGGAGCGGAUGUAUUGGCGUGAGGCUCUGUGCGUGGUGCGAAAAGCAUUUGUGACCCCGCUGUGGACUCCGUUGACGUCCCUGCCCUCUUCCUCUCCCCACUUCUCGAACCCGCUUGUGCUUUCGGGGGAUGUUGCUGUCUCCCUUCAGCGCAUGAUGCGUGAGGCCCACACCUGGGAAGGCGCUCUGGCCCUUCUGCGCCUGAAGGUGCCGUCCUCCGCAAAAGACAGCCAACCCUCGCGAGACGUCACGAUGAGUAGGGAGGAGUUUGUUGCCGGCGCGACGCUCUUCACCGCCCUCGCCGCGACCGCGCAGCCGUGGAGGACGCAGGCGCCGGUAGAGGAGUGGAUGCAUCACCACCUGCUGCCCCGACUGGCGCAGCGACCCACCGACGGUGCCGCCGACACCGCCGCUGCCGUGUCGGCCAUCCACGCACUGUGGCUGAGUCACCUCUGCGGUGUGAAGGCGGCGCGGCCGGAGCAGUACAUUACGAUGUCGGAGGUGGUGGCACGCUACCUGCCCGCACCCUGUCCAAACGUAGCGGCAGCGUCAUCCCCUGCGGUGACAACGGCGACGCAGCUCCUCAACGCAGAACUCUCCGUCAUGGUAGCAGAAGUGCAGGCGAAAGCCGACCAGGCGAUUGCUGCGUUUCGCCACGCCGUGCACAAAACGAUGCUGGCGCGACGUGCGGCGCAGGCAUUGGCGAAGUCCAUUCAGAGUGGGGCCUACCGGCUGAACGCCGGGGAGGAGGGUGACGAAGCGCAGCAGGCACGUUUCGACAGAGACAGCACGGCCACAUCAACGCUCACACCGUCAACAACUUCUCCUUUUUCGUUGUCACCUUCACUGCUGUCGGAUGCGCAGGUUGACGCCUUCGUGUUGUGCUGUGCGGCGCUGAAGGAGACGGUGUGGCUGCGCUUCAGCACCGCUGCGGUGCACGAUCGUGCGUCUGUCACGGCUGACGUGUCGCAGUUUCUGGAGCGCAGUUUCUACGGAGCUAAGGGGCUGCACGCGGUGUACCGCGAACUCUACGGCGGAUAUGGAAAUGGUAACAGUACAGUGGCGUCUUCUGCGGUAACGGCUGCUACUGCCGUGGCGGCACCAGAGCGACCUUUUGUUUCCACGGUGCUGGCUGUGACGCUUCUGGACGUGGUGCAGCUGCUUUGCACCUCGGCAUCUCAGCGCGGGCGCUUCGGCAGUCAGCUGGCAAAUCGUGACAUGUUGCAUCUUCUCGUGGAGUUCGCUCGGCGAGCCAUGGAUGGCGUGCAAUCGACGCACAUCAUGGCAGCGCCGUGGCAAUGGGCGGCGGAGGCGCGUGUCACCGAAUUGGUCACGGCAACCGCGCGAACACUGCACGUUGUGGUGCGUGCGUUGGACGUUCAGCCCCGGAACGAAAAGGUCAUUUUUGGCGCGAUGCCAGAACGCGAUCUGCAGCUACUGGCCGAGUUGGCUCGACUGACCAUCAAAACGGCGGACUUGGCCACAACGCAGGAAAAUCGAAGAGGGCACAGCAAUCGUAACGUGUGCAGCCCGGUGUGGAGGGUGCUGACAUCCACUGCGUCGCCGCGCGUUCUGCAGGGGGUUCAACUUUGCUUCCACAAGUCCAGCUCACUCGGAAGGCGCGUGCGGCAUCAUCUGACAAGUCACGAAGCGACUCGGCUGGAUGCGCUGCUCGGUGCGUCUCGCCGUUUUCGCAGAGUGGUGCUCCGUCGAAGCAGCACGACGAGUGCACCUCCGCAGCGAGUACGCAGCUUGGAUGCUGGCCUAGUGCCGCGUGCCCGAGUGACGGACAGUGACUUUGUGCUCGCCCUGACGAUGCGUGACGCGGUCUACCACGCAGUGCAGCGGAAGGCGACAACCGACGGCGUUCGUGCGUCACUUCAGGAACUCGCCGAGGCCUCCACCAGCUGGAAGGCCAGCCUGCAAUUGUGCCAGUUGGUAACGACAGACGUGGCCCUCGCCAGAGGGACGUGUGACGUGAAGUUCUUCGCGACGGUGCUCGCGAAAAUGACCAGCGAUAUGGCGGAAAGCAAAUCGGCGGUCUUAGCUGCCGGGAUGCGGGGCGGUGGCGGGUCGUCCGUGCUGCGUCGAAACUGGCGCCGAGGAAAUGCCACUGCAAGAGCAGCGGCUGCCGCUGUCAGCGUGGGGCCUCCGUCGUUGUGGUUGAGCGCGAUCGACGUGUUCUGGAGCGCUGUCGAUCACACUGCCGGCACAUCGGCCGCGCCAUCGGAGCAUCUUCGCAGUGAUCUUGCCUCUCCCGAGAACAACAAUCACGGGAAGAAGCUCACAGGUGCAGAGUCCCAAGAGCGUGCGGUCCUGGCGCAGCUGCUGUUGCCGUUAAUUGACUUCAGUCGCACGGUGAACCGCAGCGAUCUUGGACGGCAGUGGCGGCGCACGUGGGGGGCGAAGUAUUCUCUAGCGGAGAAGCGGUCUGCGCUGUUUCGACGCCAGAACAUUCUGGCGCUCUCUGCGCUGGGCGACAGCACCGCGCUGGAGCGCUGUGUCACUGCCUACAAUGAGCUCGAUCGCGACGACGCGCUGCUCUGCCAGGUGGCGGCGCAGCACAGUGAUUGGCAGCAGGCGCUGGAGGCCCUUUUUAAGGUGUACGGCACGAUAGACGAACACGAGCAAACGCAGCUGCAUUAUCCGUUAGUGGUCGCCCACGCCGCCCUCGUUCUCUUGAGCCGUUCGCCGCAGAAUCUGAGCAACACGGCGAUGCGCCUUGAAACGCUGCAAGGGCAUGAGUGGGAUGCCGCGUGCAGUGCGCAGGUGGUUCGACUGCUGCUGCGGGCCCGGCGUUGGUCACUGGCUCUCCAGCACGUGAACACAGCCCUGACGCAGCAACCAGCUCUGCAACGUGUACAUGCGUUGAUGACCUCGUCGACAGCUGCCGCUUACCACACCACCGUCGAUGCUGCGGAUGGGAACCCCUGUUUUCCGUCUGUGGUGCUGACGCCGCAGGAGAUGGUGCCUUAUGUGUCGAUGUUGGUGAUGGCGCUCCAGGCCACCGCAAUCGGCGGCGACAGCGCGACGGCGCCGCUCUACUACGAUGCUCUCAAACUCGCGUUGAACAGCAUUUCGCAACCCCCGCACGACUCCUCCGUUGCGUCGCGCUCCGAUGCAGCAGAGAAAAACAGGGUGGCGCGUACGGGUGCCGGUAGUGGGCUGGACACGGUCCUUGAAAUGGCGAGCGCGGCCGCUGCCGCGACGUCCGAUGCCAGCGUUGCCUACCCCAACGCAGCGGAGAAGCGGAGCCGCGUGGAGCUGCGGGAGCUGUCGGCACGCGCACGUCUUCUGUUUUUCCGAGCCAUGACCAAAAAGAUGAUGUCGACGAAGGGCAGCUCUGCAGACCAAAUUUCCGAAGAGGGGGAGGCGAGACAGGGAGAUGACGAGAAUUCCACCGACAACGACGCUGUAGCGCAAUCCAACGAGUACUGGGAUGACAUCGACGCGGGUGCCGCUGACCGAAUCCAUCGAUAACACCCCUGCUUUUUUUUUAUUGGUCUGGAUGAAGCAGCGAAACGAUGAACACCGCAAAAUGACAGGGACGGGCGCUGGCCUUCUGCGAGAAGGACAUCCGCGUUGAGGCGAUUCGCGAAGAGGGUGGCAAACAAGUAAGAGACGUUGUUGAGUCUGGUUGGUUGGUUGGUUGGGCACGGUUACGUUGCAAAAGUGUACAAGGCCUCCCUUUUUAUUUAUUUAUUUGAACCUCACAC